ACAGCAGGGACACACUCUCAGCUGGAGGCUGCUCUAACACACACACACACACACACACUCACUCACGGCUGCAGAUAUGAUACAUGUUGCUUUUCUCCUCCUGAUCGUCUUCACAGAUGGGUUGUCCUCUGAGAAAGUGUGCAGUUACCAGGAUAUAGUGGACUACUUGAAUCUUACCACAAAUAACGCCGCGUUUAAACUGACCCGGCCUGUGUUGGACUACACGCACCUCACCAUGGUGGAGCUGGACAUCAUCCUCUAUGCCAUCCUGGCCGUGAUUGAGAAAACACAAACUUUUAUUCCUUUCAUCUGGGCAACAAUGAUGUGGAACAAUGAGCGCAUCUCGUGGGACCCAGCUCAGUUUUGUGGAAUCACUCAUAUUUCAGUUCCUAAAGAAAUGCUCUGGAGACCAGACCUCUUCAUCUAUGAGAUGACACAGAAGGAUGACUCCCCUCAGAAUCCGUACAUGCAGGUGUCCCACAAUGGGGUGAUCACUUUGGAAGAGGACAUGAAGGUGGUCAGCAGCUGUGAGAUGGACGUCCACAAGUUCCCCUUCGACGUACAGAGAUGCAACAUCUCCAUUGGAUCCGCAAUACACUGUGUUGAGGAGGUUCGUCUCUUUCCUUUCUCCAACUCGUCACGAGCCACACAGUUUUCCAGAGAGCUGAUGAUGACUCAGGGAGAGUGGGAGUUCCUCCAGCUGUCCGUCACCAGCCGCAAUUUCAGCAUCGACAAUAAACAGUGGGAACAGCUCAUAUACACUUUCACCAUGAAGAGGAGGCCCCUUCUCCAUGUCAUCAACUUCCUGUUGCCCAUCCUGUUCUUCCUAAGUCUGGACCUCGCCUCCUUCUUCAUCGCAGACCAUCGAGGAGAGAAGCUGGGCUUCAAAGUCACUGUGCUGCUGGCCAUCUCCGUCCUGCUGCUCAUUCUGAACGACAUCCUGCCCUCCAUGUCCAACAAGACACCACUCAUAGCGACCUACUGCAUUGUGAUUUUUGCUCUGAUGCUGCUCAGCCUGCUGGAGACGAUCUUGGUUACGUAUCUUAUGGAGAAAGACUCUGCAACCCAGGAGAGGCUCAGGCUGAGGGACGACUGGGAGGACAAACAGGAAAAAGUCAAAAAAGAUAACUGUAACACAGAGGAGAAAAGACAGACCUGCUGUUCAUGCAUCAGCAAAGAGUCCAGUGGUGAGAAACCGCACGAACUGCUGCCCAUGGCUGAAGAGGUUAACAACAGCAUUCAGUCACGAGAGUCUCACGUGUUACUGCUGAUCCUGGAGGAGCUGAGGAAGCUGCAGAAAACUCUGAAUCUGCACCUCGGCUGCAGACUGGAAGGAGGGAAGUCCGGUCUUUGGGCCUCAAGAAUCAACAGAGUUUUCUUCAUUUUCUACAUCACCAUAGUGUCACUGUUUCUACCCCUCAUCUUCAUCGCAUGGAACACUUAGAAAUGUAAAAUAACACCUUGUAAUACUUUGGUUGUUGCUCUAUUUCUACAAGUGAUGUCUACAAGUGUCGUGUUGUGCUUUUUAAAAGCAUCUUGUGAAUCUUUUUUUUCCUGGGGUUUAGAUGAGAUCAUUUUUGGACGAUCCUGCAGAUAUCAUUACUGUCAAAGCCAGUUCAAUUGACUACCUUCGAAUGAUUGUAUAAUGUGUAGUGAAUAAUUGUUGUUCGUUCACAGCAACA